CCGGUAAUGAGGUGACGACAGCGGAAGAGGCGUGGCUAGAGUCGGAAGCGAGUGGUCCAGCCUGGGCGAAACAUCAUGGCGCUCAACGCGGCGGGCAACGACGACGCGGAGUGGGAGCCGCCCUCGGAAGCGGAGCUGAAGGUGAUCCAGGCCCGGCGGGAGCGGCAGGACAAGAUCAGCAAGCUGAUGGGCGACUACCUCCUGAAGGGCUACCGCAUGCUGGGCGAGUGCUGCGAGGAGUGCGGGACUAUUUUGCUGCAAGACAAGCAGAAGAAACUCUACUGCGUCGCCUGCCAGGAACUCAACUCUGACGUCGACAAGGACAAUCCGGCCCUGAAUGCCCAGGCUGCCCUGUCCCAGGUGCGGGAGCGCCAACUGGCCACCAACGCCGAGGACAACAACGUUUGCCCCGCCGUCGCAUACCUGUCCGCACUUCCUGCGCACCCCGUGCGCCACGUCCCGCGCCCAGAGCACUGCGAAGGAGCUGCUGCAGGACUCCGGGCUUCGGCCCCUGCGCCGUUGCUGCUCCCAGGCCCGGCGGCAGCGGCAACGAUGGCGGCGCCUUGUCCGGCGGCCCCACUCGGUGCGCUGACCCUGGCAGAGGAGGCCAUCUUGCAGAAGAUCGCCUGGGCGGGCCAGGAGCUGCGGCACAGCGCCUCCGUGGAGGCCAGCAUCCAGCUCUGCGCCCUCAUCCGUUCCUGCACAGAGUCCCUCAAGAGCCUCAAGGAGCUGCAGCAGUGAGCGCCCGAGCCCCGACUCUCCGCCCUUUCCAACAAGACUGCUCAUCCUUCCCAUUAAAAUGUGUGCUUGUGGUUUCACUCGGA